AUGAUUUGGAGGUGUUUCAAACUUAGUCAUCCACAGAAUAAGACAAAGGAAAGUAAUGCGCUGAUGACUCAAAUUCAUGAAUUGCUUCUCAAACAAACGGGAGUGAGCAACGCCCGAUUUGUUCACUAUACGAAAUCGAUCCGGAGAGGACUUGUCGCAGGAAGACAGGAAAUUGCCAAUGGAGUAUCGGAGGAUGAAGCGACUGGAGGGCAUGUAUGUUUUCUUCCGGAAAUCCGCUUUGAAAUGGACAAUUUCUGUGGGUCAAAUGCAGUCCUUCGAAAACUGCACCUUUUGUCCAACCACUGUAUCUAUCAUCAAGACACUUCCAUCUAUCCCAUCCGAAUUGGCGCGGAUCAUGCUGAAUAUCAUCUACGGAAACGAACUUUUGAUGGUUUGAAAAUGGCCCACCAACAUCUCAUUCGAAUGUGGAAAGAUACACUCACAAAAGCUCCAUUCAAGUGUGAGUGCUUGAAACCCGACGGAUUCCACGAAGGGCUGACUCCUUUCAUGACAAUGAUCAGCCAUCGGGAUGACCUUCUUGAAAAUUGGACUCUUGACCGUCGAAGUGUUGUGUUCGCCACCAAAGAUGAUGACCCAAUGGAACAUAUCGAAAACUUUGAGCCCGUGUUCAUCCAUAGCGAUGGACAAUUCAAGUCGGUCUUUGUCGAGACAGUUGAGGAACUUGAUAAAUUGAUUAACACUCAAAGCUUCGACUGGUUCAACUUCCGCGCGGACGUGUUCUCUCGACAAUUGGAUAUGUUUGCCGAAGCUGAGCGAGUCAAUGCGGAUCCUGUUGGAAACGAUGUUGCACUACGGAAAUUCGAUCCUCAAAGAUUUGACGCCGAAAUCGAAGAAGGAGAGCAUAGUGUCAAACGAGAACCAUAG